AUGGACGCCGAACGUGCUAGUACGCCACCACGAAACUGGAACCUUCAAACACAUGGGAAGUACAAAGUCACCUAUCUCUCCUACUCCUCUGCACAAGUCACGUCCACCGACUACCUCGUUCGCCAGCUUGCUGCUCCUUCGGCGCAGGACAAAACAGCUCUAUCGGCGCUGUGCUAUAGUGUGGCUUGUGUAGAGAAGAUGGGGAACAGGAGUUUGUUUUCCUCAGCAUAUACGGAACAAGACGUUUCUUUAUGGGCUCGACGAGGUUUCUUGGACGUCAUGGAUGGAGCUGGUGGUGGAAUGAUCAGUAUGGCACUGACAUAUCCAUUGGUUACGGUAUCCACUCGUGCACAAGUGACUGCCAAGAAGGUCGCUAAACCUGGUGAAAAGCCUGCUGUUGCAUCAUCAGCACUUAUGGAAAUUGUGCGAGAAGAAGGUGUUGGGGGUCUCUACGCUGGUGUGGAGUCGGCACUCUUUGGUGUUUCUGUUACGAACGGUGUAUACUAUUAUUGGUAUGAGUUGGUCAAGGCCUUCUUUGAAAGUGCAGCUGAUGUCAAACGAGGAAUGACGACAGCAGAGAGUAUGAUUGCCGGUGCUAUUGCUGGAUCAGCCACUACUCUGAUCACGAAUCCCAUCUGGGUUGUAAAUACUCGAAUGACUGUAGCCAAGAAAGCUCAGGACCCAAAUGCACCCAAACCAACAACGCUCGGAACAGCAUUGAAGAUCUUUAGAGAGUCUGGCCCAGCAGAAUUCUGGCGUGGUGUUGGACCCGCUUUGGUGUUGGUCAUCAACCCCAUCAUCCAAUAUACAGUCUUUGAACAACUCAUGGCUAAAGUCAAGGAAUUGAAGAAGGGUCAACCAUUAUCACCAUGGGACUUUUUCUGGUUGGGAGCUAUUUCGAAGUUGGCUGCUACAGGAUCUACAUAUCCAUAUAUAACCGUCAAGGCACGCAUGCAAGUGCAAACCAAAGCAACUGCCAACAGUGAUCCUGCCACAACCUACUCAUCUACCAGCGAUGCUUUUGUCAAGAUUGUCAAACAUGAAGGAUUCAUGGGACUGUACCAAGGGAUCUCAUCCAAACUAUUACAGAGUGUGCUUACUGCAGCAUUCCUUUUCAUGUUCAAGGAGCAAUUGUUUGGUUCAGCUGCGUUGAUGUUGGAAACUCUGGGUCUGAGAAAGAAGGCUGCUUCCGUCACGUCUUCAUAG